CCUGCAGCCCGAGCUGUUCAGCGAGCUUGAGAUGCGCCCGAUGUCCUGGUCACUCAUCGGCUGAACCUUCGCUCGGCUUGCAUUCGUUCACACCGAUUACCGCCGGCCGUAGUCGGACUCCUUCGUCCAUUUUUACGGGCAAUCUGCCGUCCUACAUCAACCAUCAUGGCCGAAGCACCGAGCAGCGACGCGGGCCAAGGCCUGGCCCACCCUCUGACUCCUUCUUCCCCGUACAGGCCGACGUCUUUGACCCCAGUUGUCGCGAGGCCGCGGCUUGGGCCGCGACGACAGUCACGGUUUACGGAGGAAGUCAUGACCGAACACACGCCUGCGGCCUCUGUCUCUGAGCGGUCCAUGGACUACCACUGGUAUGGGCCGUCGUCGGAGAACGUGCAUACCAACACCGACACUGCAAACCAAUCGUCGAAACCAAACACGGAUGCAACCCCCUCGGGGCCGACUGGGAGGAAUUGGGAGACGUGGUUGCGAUUCCUGAACGGGAGUCUACAUGCGGUCCCUUGUCUGGUAUUGCUGGCCAUUCUUGGAUAUGGGCUUCGUGUGUUGCGGGCAAAUAUGGCGAGUCAUAUGAGCAUACAAGCCAUCAUUCUGAUCUGUUUGCUCUUCUUCGACGUCGUCCUUGACGUGGUUACGCUCUUUCGGGCCCAGCGACGAUGGCCCACUUGGGUACUGGCGCUGCGAUUCGGCAUUGGGAUUGCCUACAUCGUCCUCUUCUUGCUUUACGUCGGGUUGGGCGGCGUAUUCCCGAACGGGUAUACCUAUUGGGGCGUCCCUGUCGACUCCUCCGCGACGCCCGUUUAUGUCCUUCUAUGCCUCGAGGGGUAAGGUUGCCACCGUCUCU